AUGCACGGCAACUGUCAACGAUGUCGUCAACCGUUGACGCCGUCCUCGCUCGACGACUCGCUCGCGGCGCUGUCCCCCUCGACGUAUGACCUCCUAUCCCAAUCCGAGCGCCAUCCCCAUCCAGCGCACCUCCCCGACCCGGGACCGAGCCUGACUCGACUACGACCGGGGCUGAGACCGUUGUACGAUGCCGCCGUCGCCGCGAGACCACCUCGCACGAACCCGUCGACGUCGACCACCCCGACCUCCGCCGCGACUCGCUGGCGCUCCACCGACGCACAUCACACCCUGCGCAUCCCCAGUCCUUACCAGCCGCCGUCGGGCUCGUCGUCCGUACCUCCUGGCGCAGAUCCUCCCCUCGAUUUCGGACCAGGCGAGAGCUACAUCGUCCUCGAGCCAGCCCACGCCGCUCCACACCACGUCCCGACCGUCGAAUCCUCCCUCGCCGUACUGCCCCCCUCCAAACCUCGCACCGAGAUCAUCCAAACCACUUCGAACGCCCACGCAUCCCCCUCCUCCGAUCCGCCACCCUUGACCCCUCGCAUCUCACAGCUAUCGCGACUGUACUCGUUGCUCUCGGCCGAGUCCAAGAUCGACCACCCGCUCUGCGUCGAAUGCAUGGACCAACUCUUGUCGCUCAUCAACAAGGAACUGUCCGAACUCAAAAAGGAAAAGGACCGCUUGGAAGCGUUUGAAAAGGACGUGCAGCGCAGGCGUAACGAGGAUGUGCUCGGCCCCACCGGAACCAAGGAGGCGUUGACCAAGGAGAUCGCACGCAGGAAACGCGCCGCACAAGAGGCGUUGCAGUCGCUCAAACAGGUCGAGGCCGAACGAGCCGCUCUCGAUCAGGAAAAGGCACUACUCGAUGCAGAAGAGGAACAACUCGCCCUCGAAGAACAAGAGUGAGCACAUUUUGCGAAGGCUCGGCUCCGAGAUCUCGCUCACUCAGACGUGCUUCGCUCUCCCAACAGAUUUUGGAGGGAUCACUCAAACCAAACACUACAAACACAGGCGAUGCAGGACAAGAUCGACUCGGUCCAGACGCGUUACGAGCAUGACUUGCGCGAGCUGAUCAAAUUGGAAAAGACCAACGUAUUCAGUCAGUCUCCCGAACGUCCUGCUCUCGCUCUCAGACCAGUCUGACCCCCGCCCCCCUUUCCGCAGACGACGCUUUCUGCAUAGGCCAAGAAGCCGGCUUCGGCACCAUCAACGGUCUCCGUCUAGGGCGAUUACCGAACCAUCCCGUCGAUUGGCCCGAGAUCAACGCCGCAUGGGGCCACACCCUCCUCCUGCUCCAAACGAUCGCCCGCAAGUUCUCCUACACGUUCCAUACCUACAAACUCGUACCCAUCGGAUCCUUUUCGAGGAUAGAGAAACUCAACGAAACCGACUCGCACCACCCCGCUUCCACGAGCGGCACUUCUUCCGCGAGCUCCACCUCGUCCACCUCGACGUCGACCUCGCUCGAACUACACGGCAGUGGUGACUUUUUCGCCGUAACAAGAUUACUACAAAACCGUCGCUUCGACCUCGCCAUGGUCGCCUUCUUGGAUUGCCUGAGGCAGAUGUACGAAUACGUCAACAGUAUCGACCCCCAGUUCAACGUCCCUCAUCGGUGAGUCUGUUCGUCAGGGUAAAGCAGUCGACUUCAUCCGAAGCUGAACUAUUCGACCCAACACGAGCGUUUUAGAGUCGUGAGGGAUAAGAUCGGUGACGUAUCCAUCAAGUUACAAUUCGGGAAUGAUGAGACGUGGACGAGGGCGUUGAGGCAUGUGGGUCGUAUUCUCCCAGAUCAUCAACUUCGGAUCCUUUCGAGGAGGGUGCUGAUUUCGGUGUAUUCACAGGUCCUACUCGAUCUCAAGAUCUUGUUGGGGAGGGCAUCGAUGUGA